GCCGUGUGGGGGCUGAAGUGCUGCAGCGCGGUGAUGGCGGUCCGGCACCUCACCACUGACCGUGUGGCUCUGCCUCCAGGUGAUCUUCGGCCCCAUGUUCUCUGGGAAGAGCACAGAGCUCAUGCGGCGCGUGCGGCGCUUCCAGCUCGCUCAGUACCAGUGUCUGCUGGUGAAAUACGCCAAGGACACCCGCUACUGCACCACCGGUGUCUCCACGCAUGACAGGAACACCAUGGAGGCCCGCCCUGCCUGUGCCCUUAAGGAUGUGUACCAGGAGGCGCUGGGCUCUGCAGUCAUUGGCAUUGAUGAAGGGCAGUUUUUCCCAGACAUUGUGGAGUUCUGUGAAAAGAUGGCCAACGCUGGGAAAACUGUCAUUGUUGCUGCUCUUGAUGGGACUUUCCAGAGAAAGGCUUUUGGGAGCAUUCUGAACCUGGUCCCACUGGCUGAGAGCGUGGUGAAGCUGAACGCUGUGUGCAUGGAGUGCUACCGAGAGGCCUCCUACACAAAGAGGCUGGGAGCAGAAAGGGAGGUUGAAGUGAUUGGAGGAGCAGACAAAUACCACUCCGUCUGCCGAGCUUGUUACUUCCAGAAAAGGCCUCAACAGCUUGGGUCAGAAAACAAGGAGAAUGUGCCCAUGGGGGUGAAGCAGCUGGAUAUGCCAGUCUCACGGAAGAUCUUUGCUUCUUGAUUGCUACACUCCAGUGUGGAAGAGGGGGGGGAAGGAUUCAAAGAAAGAAGCUAAAUGUUGCAGCUCCUGGACUUCAGAUCUGGUUUCCCCCCUUUAUCAAAACGGUCACAUGCCAUAGCUCUACCUGCCAAACCAGGCUGCUCUUCCUCUGCUCCAAGUGCCAGGAAAGAGGGCAAUCAGCUGGACCUGAUGCCAGGGGGAGCUGAAAACAGUCUGACUAAAAGGGAGUUCCUUUCCCAGAACAUGGAAAAGAGAUUUAAUUACUGAUGCUGCCAUACAAACAUGCUGGAAAGCUGCCACACCAACCCAGGCUGUGGGGCACUGACAACUUGCCUGGUCUGCUCUCCUGCUCCUGGCACGUGUUCAGACUCGUCACUGGUAGCCAGGUCACUUGCCUGCAAACAGCCUUUUCUCAUGUGCUGCUGCUAAAUUCUGGGUUUCUUACGACAGCGUACAGUAACUUGGCUUCCGAAAGCCACUUCCUUUUUAAUAUAGCCUGAAGACAUGCCCCUUCCCUUUCUAGACAACAGUGGCACAACUUCAACUGACACAGAGCAGCAGCCUGGCCCUUUGCAAUCUCUUAACAAUUGUGUAUAGCCAAUUAGCUUGCUGUUAAAUUUGCUGUGAAUACAUGGUUUUGUUUUGUUUUGUUUUAAAUGGAGGAGGGGAGAAGGAAGGCUUGUGUUGUCAGCCUGACUCCUAGCCUUUGAAAUUAAAAAGCAUUUUCUACACAAAUUCAAGCUUGGUGCAGCCAUUUCAUAGGGCUUAAGUGAGCUGAGGAAGGUUUGGGGGAUCAAGAAUUAAACUGUAGAGAGUUGGGCUACUGUUCCUCUGAAGAUCCAGCUACCUGGAAAAGGGUCUUUCCUUUGCAUGGAUGGUUCUCAGCUCUACUUGUGUUCUGCUUCCUUCUCAGCCUUCCAAGAAUUCUUGAGCCUGCUGCUUUCCUUGCUGUAACACCUAAAGACUCCUCUCCUUUUGCUUGACUUAGCUUCGGGAAGGAAUUUUUACUACUUGUAUAAAGUGCUUUUUCUCAUCAGAUUCCUUGAGCUCUGAGCAGCAGCUCUUGGUUCUGGUUGGGCUUUGUCAAUCCCCUCUCAAAUACAGUGCUUUCUACAAUACUUGUUUACUACUGUACUGAGGAGCAGGCAGCUGCCCAGAUAGAAGACUCAGAAACCUCAGUUCCUUGGUGUUAAUUAAUGCAAUUACAGCCAUGGUGUUCACAAACCCUUGUCAGGCCUGGGCCUUCCUUUUAGGGAUGAGGAACAGGCAGUAGUGCUUGUAUUCUAGAUUAAUAAGUAACUUAAUAAAAUUGCCGGUGUCUUUUCA